AUGUCAAAAUUCGAAGAUCUAGGGGUGGCCAAGUGGCUCGCCGAGUCCUUAAAUGCCAUGAAAAUCUACACGCCAACCACCAUUCAAGCAACGUGCAUUCCAAAGAUCUUAAAAGGUCAUGAUUGCAUUGGUGGGGCUAAAACUGGUAGUGGUAAAACUAUUGCAUUUGGUGCUCCAAUGUUGACUGAAUGGUCUCAAGAUCCAAUGGGGAUUUUUGGUGUAGUUUUAACUCCAACAAGAGAGUUGGCAUUACAAAUAGCAGAACAAUUCCAUGCGUUGGGUUCUUCAAUGAAUAUAAGAGUUAGUGUUAUAGUUGGGGGUGAAGAUAUUAUAACUCAAGCCUUAGAAUUACAGAAAAAACCUCAUUUUAUAAUUGCAACUCCUGGUAGAUUAGCAGACCAUAUAAUAAAUAGUGGGGAAGAUACCAUAUGUGGAUUAAGAAGAGUGAAAUACUUGGUUCUUGAUGAAGCAGAUCGUUUAUUAAGUAAUAGUUUUAGUAAAGAUUUAGAAAAAUGCUUUGAUAUAUUACCAAAGUCAGAUAAAAGAAGAACUUUACUAUUCACCGCCACGGUCACUGAUGCAGUAAGGGCGUUAAAAGAUCGUCCUGUUCCAAAGGGGAAACUACCAGUUUAUAUAAAUGAAGUUGAUACUAUUGAUAAGGUUGCAAUUCCAUCAACUUUAAAUGUUAACUAUAUUUUCAUCCCUUCAUACGUCAAAGAAGCUUAUUUACAUAAUAUUUUAACGCUAUCUCAAUACAAAGAUGCAAAUGUUAUAAUAUUUGUUAACAGAACUCAUACUGCUGAAGUAUUAAGAAGAACUUUAAGAAAGUUAGAAUUAAGAGUGGCUUCUUUACAUUCAGAAAUGCCUCAACUGGAAAGAACUUCUUCAUUGCAUCGCUUUAAAGCUAACGCGGCUCGCAUUUUAAUUGCUACAGAUGUUGCUUCAAGAGGUUUGGAUAUUCCAACCGUUGAAUUGGUAAUAAAUUAUGAUAUACCGGCAGAUCCUGAUGACUAUAUUCAUAGAGUAGGUAGAACUGCAAGAGCAGGUAGAAAAGGUGAUGCAUUAUCAGUGGUUACUGAAAAAGACGUGGAAAGAAUUUUAUCCAUUGAAGAAAGAAUUAAUAAAAAAAUGGACUUAUUAGAAUUAGUCGACGAUGAUAAAAUUAUUAAAGAAUCUUUGAAAGUAACUAGUUCGGCUAAACGUGAAGCUUUAAUGGAUAUGGAUAGAGAAGGAUUUGGUGAAAAAAAAUUAAAUAAUAAAAGAAAACAUGCAUCUAGAGAAGAAUUAAAGAAUAAAUCUAAGAUUUCAAAGCUGAAUAAAAACUCAAAGAAUUCAUGA